UAUGUUAGAAAGUCGCCCGGGGAUGUUAAGAAUGAACAACGCCAGAAACUUCUCCAAAAAAUGAUAGACAACAUGACUGACCGCUCCCUUGCGGACAACAUUUACGUGUCGGUGUGUGGUCCAUCUUCCUCCCCAUUCAAAGAAAGGGACUUAAAUGAAGAUAAUGAGAUUAGGAGCAAGUUGGAACAUUUUAAUGGCAACACUCAAGAUAUGUUUAUGUACUUGCAGUCCAUUGAUCAUGACAUAUUUUUAGCCUCAAUUGACUUUGCUAGUAUUGCAUCGCGCGGUCAUAUUGUCAAAGAUAUGCUGGAAGAAUACACCGUCAAAAAAAAUCGCCAUUGA